CAAAUUAAACAAAUCUUCGUAUAAAUUGUCGUCAUUUUGAGAUGUGAUCAGUUCCAUUUAAUUUAUAGUCAAGAUGAGACGCGCCACGGUAGUUUUCACUAGUUUUUGUGUAUUAUUAGCAAUUUUCUCCAUUACGGAUGCAGCUACACGAGUAGAAAGGUCACCCCAAUUUGGCUUCGGGCAAGCCAAUGCCCAAGCUAACGCUCAAGCUGGUGGAUUUGGCGGAGGUCCCGCCUUCGGAGGCCCUGGUUUCGGUGGUCCAGGGUUUGGAGGACAUGGCUAUGGCGGGCGCGGCUUCGGGGGCGGCUAUGGCGGAGGCUUUGGUGGAUACAGGCCAGGAGGUUUUGGAGGAUUCCACAGACAUCACGGAUUUGGAGGCCAUGGAGGGUUCGGAAUUCCAUCCAUCAGUAUAUCGAAGAGUGUCUCCAUUGGUGGCGGUGGCGGUGGAGCGCAAUCCAGCGCCAGCUCUGGUGCGUUUGGCAAAUAAUUAUUGACGAAUUUAGUUAAAUUUCUGUGAUUAAUCUUAUCUAGUGUUCAUUUAAAUAAAGACUUGAUACAUUAA